CUCUCUACGUGCAGGCCAUCUAUCUGAUGCUGUCUGGUCCAAACAAGGUGGAGGCCAAGAAGAGGAGGAUGUGGAGGUACCGUCUGCCUGGCUUUGAGUUGAGGCUCCUGGAGGAACUACAGAGACAGAAGCACAACAGUCUCUACUGUGAUACCCUGUUACAGACUGAUGGAUUGUCAGUCCCGGCCCACAGCUGCAUCCUGGCUGCCCUGAGCCCCUACCUGUCCAAUGCCCUGUCCAACCAGUCAUCCCCCCUCCCGGCUGGGCAGAGAUGGCCACUCAAGCUCCAGGCUGUGAAGGCCCAGACCCUGCUGAAGCUGGUGGAUCUCCUGUACUCCGGAGAGCUGGAGGGAGAGGGCACCAUGGAACAAGAAGAGGUUAUGGCCGCUGCCUGUAAGCUGGGCAUAGGCCGCUUGGUGGAGGGGUGGAAGGACCGGGGGAGGGAGGGAGAGGGGGAGGAGGAGAGGAGGUGCAGUCUCAGAGAUGUGGGGGUGCAGACGGAGGGAGGAGAGACACAGGUGGGGGCAUUGGUGGAGAUGGGGACACAGACUGUGGACUGUAAUGGAGGUAUUUACAUGACUUUCCUCAGUCCUCUCCCUGAUGCUCUCCCUACACCCCUCCUACUAGUCCAGAGCAGCAGUGAAGGCCAGCAGCACACAACUCACACGGCACUCCCUUUCCUGAGUCCCCAGAUUAUGACCCCCACUUCACACCCCAGUUCCACUCCACCCAGCGUCAAAGCACCGGUCAACUGUGGAACAGCUCCCUUUAGAACCCACCCUCAGACCUCCGAACCGGAGGUCACAAACCUCUCAUCGUCCUCUGUUGUCCUGAGCGGUGACAUGGUCACCCAGGGUGACGAUUCGGACCACCCCACAACACCCCGGGAGGAAAGUGCCGUCCCAGAAUGCUCUGUGGCGGAGAACGUUGUGACGGAGAGGAGGAUGGAGAAGAAGAGGGAGCAGCAGCUGACAUCACACACUGGGAGAGCAGAGGAAGGAGGAACAGGGGAGUGUCUGGAGAGGAGAGGUGUGGUUGGGAGGAAGUGGCUGAGCGGACAGAGGCUGGAGAACACUCAGAUCUCCAUCAAGGUCAAGCUGAGGAGGAGGACCAGGGGACAGCUGUGGGAGCUGGUCAGUGGGCAGGAGACGGACGGAACCAUCUCACCUGGUCAGGGGCAGGAGACAGACGGAACCGUCUCACCUGGUCAGGGGCAGGAGACAGACGGAACCGUCUCACCUGGUCAGGGGCAGGAGACAGACGGAACCAUCUCACCAGGUCAGAGGCAGGAGAGGGACGGAACCAUCUCACCUGGUCGGAGGCAGUUGGUCCUCGCUGCUCUGAAGAAGGAAACGCAUGAUCGCAUGAGGACAAGACAACUACCACGCCAGCCUCUCCCCCCGCCCCAGUCCCCAGCCCUCCCCUGGUGCUCUAACCUCGACACAGCUUUCCUCACCCCUCCACCCCGAUCCCGCCCCCAACUCACCUCCAAAACCACCACCACCCAGUCAACCUCCCUCAAACACUGCAGCUCCACCCAACAACCGACUCCACACCCAACACAUGAACCACAGCUCGCCUUGCCCCAGCCUCCGGUAGAGGAUUCGGAUGAGCAGAUUGAGAAGAUGCUGGAAGACAUCAUGAUGGGGUUGAACAUACUGCCCCCUGUGGUUCUGGAUAGGGACUGCGACCAACGCCACCAUCUCCAAAGCCACGACAGACCGUCGGCCUGCUCCUGCUCGCAUCAUCCCGUCCACGCAAGGCACGGCGCAGUUGGCUCGGCUUCUCGUUGCGUGUGUUCCCAUGUUCCAAUGACAGGAAGUGAUGAUGCGUCGUCAACUGAAACAGCCUUCCACUCCAUCACCUCCUCCCAUUUCGUCACCACGACAACCUCCUGCACAGUCACCCCUGACCUUUACCUGGACCCACAACCUCUGACCCCUCACCAAUGUUCCACCUAUCACCCCUCCACCCCCCUCUCUCAUCCUCACCCCCACUUCUCCUGUAAUGAUUACUCCUCUGACUGGGCCUCCUAUUGUUCAGGUGUCCAGUGCUCCUCUGAGAACGCCAAGAACCACCAGGAACUCCUGAUCCGGUUCCAGAACUCUCAAAACCAGGAACUCCAGAACUCCAAGAGCCUGGUGUUUGGAUGUGGUGGCAGCAGCAGCAUCAUGCCAGUCCACUCAGGCUCUUCACCAAGGCCUCCCCACCAGUCCCUUCCUCAGAGCCAGGCCUCUCUACUUUACGCAGGGGAAGAGGACCGAGAUCCAGGGUUCUGGGAGGGUUCUGCCCAGACGGGCGUUCCGUCGACAUACAGAGACCAUGUUUGUAAUCUGUCCUCUGCGGAUUGUCUGUCGUCCAAUGGAGACACUACUCCAAGUCAUGUGAAUGGAGACACUACUCCAAGUCAAGUGAAUGGAGGGACCAUCCCAAGUCAUAUGAAUAGAGAGCCCAUUCCAAGUCAGAGUCCGAGUCAGGCCAGUACGAAUCAGGAAGUUCCACAAGAAGAGGGACCUUCGGUCACCCCCGGUUUCCUACCCCCCUCUGAAACUGAUGCUUCUGAACCACAACAUCCAGCAUGCCCACCAGAUGCCUCUCCCUGGAGAGGACUACAUUUCCCAGAACUCCUUUCACUGCUGUCUCCAGGAAGUGAAACCCAGCCUUCCCAAUCUCCUCCUCCACAAUGGGAAGAGCUACGCCUGCCAAAAUGUCUCUCACCCUUAAAUUCACCAGAAUCCUUACCCCCACCAUCUCCGGCGAAACCCUUCCUUAAAUCCCCAUUCCGGCAUCCUGUAACUCCAUUCCAUAGAAUCCCUCAGCUGUCAAAGCUACCACCUUGGCUCUGCUGCACUCCGAGAAGACUACAGUUUCCACUGAGCUCCAUGAUCCACUCUCCACGCUCCCCAGGAAAUCUGUGUGAAUCUAAAAAAUUCCUUGGGCUGCCGUGGGAAUCCAACAACAACUCCGAGCAGAUGACUGAUGGUCAAUACAAGGCUAGCAUUAGCAACAACUCCGAGCAGAUGACUGAUGGUCAAUACAAGGCUAGCAUUAGCAACAACUCCGAGCAGAUGACUGAUGGUCAAUACAAGGCUAGCAUUAGCAACAACUCCGAGCAGAUGACUGAUGGUCAAUACAAGGCUAGCAUUAGCAACAACUCCGAGCAGAUGACUGAUGGUCAAUACAAGGCUAGCAUUAGCAACAACUCCGAGCAGAUGACUGAUGGUCAAUACAAGGCUAGCAUUAGCAACAACUCCGAGCAGAUGACUGAUGGUCAAUACAAGGCUAGCAUUAGCAACAACGCAAGACUGACCGGAAAAGAGGACGAGGAGGAGAGGAAAAGGAAGAAGGUCGCGACCACCACUACGGGGCGAAGGCUUGAGAAAGCAAAGGCGAAGAUAAGAGAGGGAGAUGAAACCUGGAAGCCCCACAGUAACAGGAAGAGAAUCCGUGUGAGGAGAAAGGAGGGUUUGGAGCCGGAGCAGGGGCGAAGGACUGAGACCCCAAAAGCAAAGACAGAGAGGAGACAGGAGGAUGAAACCUGGAGUCAACACAGGAAGAGAAUCCGUGUCAGGAGAACAGAGGGUUUGAAAGCGGAGCAGGAACAAUCAGAGGACAGUGAGACCCCAGAGCCUCCUCGGAAAAAGAGGAAACGUAACGCCUCUACAAAGAUAGAAGAUAGUCCUUUAGUGAGGACUGAAAGGGUGAAACUCAACGACAGAACGAAGACUGAGAACGGACAAGUGAAAAUAAGCCUCUGCUCUGUCAGUCUGUCAACCAACAAUGUCUUAGCGAGCGAAAGAUUAGGACGGUACCUUUCCAACACCUCCACAAAGUCUUUGUCCAGCCUUGGGGAGGAAGCCAACCCACCUCCAGAAGGAAGGGAAACGGGGAACCCAGUAAGGGUGCUCCGAGCCAGGGAUCGAGAUGUGAAAUGCCCUCCUAACGUUUGGACCGCAACCGGGAGCUGCUCCCCAGUAAAACUUCACCAAGAAGACAAGCAGUCCAACAUGUCUUCUGAAACUCCCAGUCCCUCCUUCUCCGGGUUUCAAGCUCUGGCCAAAGCAGUUGGACUGCUCCAAAUCCCACCAACACCACCCCCGAAACGGAAACGUGGUAGACCCCCCGGUAAGAUACGACCAGGAAAAAAACAGGUUUCCCAGGCUGGUGGUUUAUUCCCCACCAGUGCCAUGACAACGGGCAUCCAUGACGCAGAAGCUGUUGAGCACAAAAAGGAAAGAGGAGAAGGAGAACCGCAGGGAAAGGAAAGAGGAGAAGGAGAACCUCAGGGAAAGGAAAGAGGAGAACCGCGGGGAAAGAAAAGAGGAGAACCGCGGGGAAAGAAAGGAGGAGGAGGAGAACCGCAGAGAAAGAAAAGAGGAGAACCACGGGGAAAGAAAGGAGGAGGAGGAGAACCGCAGAGAAAGAAAAGAGGAGAAUCGCAUAGAACGAAAAGAGAAGGAGAACCUCAGAGAGGGAAAAAAGGAGAAGGAGUACCGCAGAGAAAGAAAAGAGAAGAACCGCAGAGAAAGAAAAAUGGAAGAGAACCACAGGGAAAGGAGAAAGGAGGAGGAGAACCUCAGGGAAAGGAGAAAGGAGGAGACCCACAGGUAAAGGAAAAAGGAGGAGACCCACAGGUAAAGGAAAAAGGAGGAGACCCACAGGUAAAGGAGAACGGAGGAGGGGAACCACAGGGAAAGGAGAAAGGAGGAGGAGAACCUCAGGGAAAGGAGAAAGGAGGAGACCCACAGGUAAAGGAAAAAGGAGGAGACCCACAGGUAAAGGAAAAAGGAGGAGACCCACAGGUAAAGGAGAACGGAGGAGGGGAACCACAGGUAAAGGAGAACGGAGGAGGGGAACCACAGGGAAAGGAGAACGGAGGAGGGGAACCACAGGGAAAGGAGAACAGAGGAGGGGAACCACAGGGAAAGGAGAAAGGAGGAGGAGAACCUCAGGGAAAGGAGAAAGGAGGAGACCCACAGGUAAAGGAGAACGGAGGAGGGGAACCACAGGGAAAGGAGAACAGAGGGGAACCACAGGGAAAGGACGACAAGCGAAAGAAGUGCAGGAAAAGGGUGAGGCUCAGGGAGGGACAUGGCAAAGGAGAGAGAGCAGAGUUGUUCCAGAGACUACCUGAGCUGUCUAAAUCUAAAACAGUUGCUCAAAAGCCUAGCUCGCAGACAACUUUCCCCAGUACCCAUGAAGAGCAUGUUCCUACCAACUGUUCAGGGAUUGGAACCGGAACCAUUCUGCAACCCCAGCCGUCGGGUCAGCCACAGAACUCCAGUCCAAAAAGAUCUGGAGAGACUGAAUCAGACAGAGACCCAUUGAGACCCCCUGCUGUCAAGCGGACCCCCUCCAAGGGUCGGGCACCCACUGUGUGUCUCAAGAAGUUCCAAGAACUCCUGAAGCACAGGCACCAAAAGACGAGGAAGUCCACCAAAAGCAAGGAGACAAAAGAAAGUGAAAGAAAAUUAUUGAAACCCAAUGAAAGUGACAACGGUCAAAAUGAAUCAAGACUGAUGAACAAAAACACAAGUUCCUCCCAGUCUCUAGAAAGGGAGUCGGCCAUUAGACCAACCGUUGAUAAUGACCAUCAGACCAGCCGAACAGAGAGCGACCAGCCAGAGGAAAAAGAUGGAGGACACGACAGCAGCACUUGUGGACAGGAGACGGAGUAUCAAGAACAGAUCUACGAAGAGACUGAAAGAGAGAACGUUGAGGAUGGAGAACAUUUUGAGUACACAGAAAAAGUUUUAGACGGGGAAAACGUGGAUGCGUCAGGAGACUUUUUCAAACUCCGAGAGGAGCUGGCUACCUUAUCGAUGACAAGGACAAAGGACAUUGUGGAUCCUCAUCUGAGCGACAAAGGCAACAAGGAAGGAAGAGAUCUGGUUUCCAAGGAGAACAGAGAGAGGGAAACAGACUCGUCUUCAGAGACAAAACAGAAGACCGAAAAGGGGAAAGGAUCCGUGGUGGAGGCGUAUAGGAGAAGUGUGAUCAUCCAAGAGGUGGAGGAGAAAAUGGAGGAUGGAUAUUUGGAGAUGGAGAUCUCCAGCGAGGAGUUGGAUGUGGUUGAUGAGGUCCAGCAGACGUUGGGCUACGCCGGGGCUGAGGAAGUGAGUGGGGAAGAGGAGGAGAUAGAUGUAGAGGAGAUGGGUCCAACGAUGUAUCCUGAUGCAGCUUGGCAGGAGGUUCCCGGCGCCAGAGACGUGGACCAAGUGAGUUCCACCAUGGCCAGCUUCAGAGGCAUCACCCACAACCACAUCCACCUCCCUCAGAAAAUCAAAAUGGCGACCGCUGCCCCCGAGAUGGCCGACGUGAGUAUUCCGACCCCUCUGGAGGCAGAGCCUUCCACGCUGACAUCACGAAGGGUCACCACGGGGUCAACAGGAAGCUGGGAGCCAGAGGAGGAAGAGGAUGUGGAGGUGGACGUUCUUGAGUGGUCGCCGGAUGUGCGACCAAGAGUGUGGGGAGCGGGCCUUGAGCAAGGCGUCACAGAACUGACCGAGGAAGACGAGAUAGACGUGAUGGGAGAGGAAACGGACUGAGUAAGUGGGAUGGUGUACUCUUAGGGACGUGUUCAUUUAGAAUCCAGUAAUAAAUAAAAAAUAAUACAACGUUACCAUUGGAGAACGCAAGUGUGUAUUCUUCAACAGAAAGGCUAGCGUUGCAUGUGUGUGUUCUUCAACAGAAAGGCUAGCGUUGCAUGUGUGUGUUCUUCAACAGAAAGGCUAGCGUUGCAUGUGUGUAUUCUUCAACAGAAAGGCUAGCGUUGCAUGUGUGUGUUCUUCAACAGAAAGGCUAGCGUUGCAUGUGUGUAUUCUUCAACAGAAAGGCUAGCGUUGCAUGUGUGUAUUCUUCAACAGAAAGGCUAGCGUUGCAUGUGUGUAUUCUUCAACAGAAAGGCUAGCGUUGCAAGUGUGUAUUCUUCAACAGAAAGGCUAGCGUUGCAUGUGUGUGUUCUUCAACAGAAAGGCUAGCGUUGCAUGUGUGUAUUCUUCAACAGAAAGGCUAGCGUUGCAAGUGUGUGUUCUUCAACAGAAAGGCUAGCGUUGCAAGUGUGUAUUCUUCAACAGAAAGGCUAGCGUUGCAUGUGUGUGUUCUUCAACAGAAAGGCUAGCGUUGCAUGUGUGUGUUCUUCAACAGAAAGGCUAGCGUUGCAUGUGUGUAUUCUUCAACAGAAAGGCUAGCGUUGCAAGUGUGUAUUCUUCAACAGAAAGGCUAGCGUUGCAUGUGUGUGUUCUUCAACAGAAAGGCUAGCGUUGCAUGUGUGUGUUCUUCAACAGAAAGGCUAGCGUUGCAUGUGUGUAUUCUUCAACAGAAAGGCUAGCGUUGCAUGUGUGUAUUCUUCAACAGAAAGGCUAGCGUUGCAUGUGUGUAUUCUUCAACAGAAAGGCUAGCGUUGCAAGUGUGUGUUCUUCAACAGAAAGGCUAGCGUUGCAUGUGUGUAUUCUUCAACAGAAAGGCUAGCGUUGCAUGUGUGUGUUCUUCAACAGAAAGGCUAGCGUUGCAUGUGUGUGUUCUUCAACAGAAAGGCUAGCGUUGCAUGUGUGUGAUCUUCAACAGAAAGGCUAGCGUUGCAUGUGUGUGUUCUUCAACAGAAAGGCUAGCGUUGCAUGUGUGUGUUCAACAGAAAUGCUAGCGUUGCAUGUGUGUAUUCUUCAACAGAAAGGCUAGCGUUGCAUGUGUGUGUUCUUCAACAGAAAGGCUAGCGUUGCAUGUGUGUGUUCAACAGAAAUGCUAGCGUUGCAUGUGUGUAUUCUUCAACAGAAAGGCUAGCGUUGCAUGUGUGUGUUCUUCAACAGAAAGGCUAGCGUUGCAAGUGUGUAUUCUUCAACAGAAAGGCUAGCGUUGCAAGUGUGUGUUCUUCAUUGGAAACGUUUGUUAUUUGCAACAGAUUCUAAACAGUGUGUUCUUGAGAAGAAAGGCUACCGUUCCUAAGCAACCUCCCCGCUCCUCCUCUCCACACUGUUAACUAUCGGAGCAGCCCCAACCUUCCACACUGACUUGAUGAGACUAACUCACAAAAUGAGGGUCUCGCUAAAAAAAAAAACCUUUGUUGAUUGUGAUUUUGUUGUUUUUGUUGUAACUGUUCUUCAGCAGAAUGCCUUAUGAGCCCUAGACUAGAGACUCGGCAAACGCAGCUACUCUUUUGUUACAUUUCAGGGCCUGUAUUGACAGCUUCUCAGAGUACGAGUGCAGAUCUAGGAUCAGUUUUUCCUUUCAAGUCAUAAUGAGUAACAGGGCCUACUCUGAGACGCUGGUGAAUACUGGACCCUGGUGUUCAUGCUGGUUAUUUUGAUACCUUCAGAAUCAGUCAGUGUCCAAUCAGAAGCACUUAAAUUUUUUAUUUGUAGCUUCAUUGUUUGUAUAACUUUGUAAAUUAGAAAGAAGGCCUGUCAUUAAAAUAUAAUAAUUGUGUUGUAUUAAAAUGGCUUUCUUGACCA